CUCAGGGUGUGUUUCUAUCGCUGGCAGGUGUAGAAGCAGGUUGAGCAGGUUGCUCCCUGAAUGCCACUCUGUUGGGCCCUCCUCCCUCCUUCUCUGCGUCUCUCUCCGCGGCCGACUGCUGAUUCAUUCUCAAAUGCUCAAAUGUUGGCAGCUCAGUGAAGAGAUUUUGUUGCCUGUGCACCUGUUCUCAUCUGAUACAGCCUAAGAAUAAGAGUGAACACCAAAGAGAAAAUGAAACUGUUGAAGAUCACAGCAGGCCUCCUCCUGCUUGUCCAAGCCUUUCACCUGGCAUUGCUCCAAGAGUCAACAGACUCUCCUGGGCGUACGAUUGAUAAAAGUUGGUUGCGAGCUCCAAGUCCAAAUGCUGCACAUUCUGACGUGAAGAGAGACGCUGAUCAGGGAGUUCAAACUACAGAGGCAAGUGAUGGUGAAGGCAGUGGGACAACAUCUGGCUUCAUGGCCACAUCUACUGAAGAAGAGCAGAACGUGUCCGGUCGAGAGGAGACUGCAACUGAUCGAUCUGAGGAGGUGAACGUUACCACUACCACCCUGCCUCCUCCUACAACCGAGCAGCCAGAUGCAACAGGUGAUCCAACUUCAACAGAAACUCCAACUACAACAGAUACUCCAAUUACAACAAAUACUACAACUACAUCAGCUACUCCAACUACAUCAGCUACUCCAACUACAUCAGCUACUCCUACUACAACAGAUACUCCAACUACUACUGCUUCAAAUUCAAGCCAGACCAACAUGACGGGAACUGAAGAGGAUUUUAAUUCGACGACGACCCAUCCAAACUCCACUAGCCUUCCAGACUUCUCAAAUCGCACUGAUUUACAGUCGACAACCUUGGCUCCAGAGAGCAGCACCACUCCAGAAUCCACCACAACACAAGACGGAGAUAAAAGGUCAACCAGCACAACUCCUGUGACAACCACAACCACGCCAGAGAUAAACUGGACAUCCACCACGUCUUCAUCUACAACGGUGCUCUCUUCCGAGACCACAGGAACGACUACUGCUCCAAACACGCCUGAGAAGGCCAACAAUACAAACAAAGACUCGGGCUCAGCCUCAGGAAGCAGCUCAGAAAGAGGUUCGGCCUCAGACUCCCAGAGAGCUAAUAAUCACACAGCGCUGGGUGCCAUCCUGGCCGUGGCGGCUGUGGUCUGUGUGGGAGUGGUGGUCUACGCGAUUCUGAAAAAGAGAAAUCGUAAGGGCUUCUCUCACAGGAAACUGGUUGAGGAGUACCCCUCAGAUCCAGUUCUCAGAUUAGACAACAACGAGCCAAUGGACUUGAACUACGACGGUUCGGCCUAUUACAACCCAGGACUCCAAGGGGACAACAUCCAAAUGAGCAGCUUUCCAGGAGGCCGCUAAAUCUGAAGAGACUCGAGACCAAAGUCAUCAACUCCCUUGAAAGAAAGUUUUAUGUCUUGCGGAGUUUUGUAAAUAAGACUGUUUAAAAGUGAUAUUUGUGGACGGGAAUUACAAAGGUGUCUGUUUUCAGUCACCGCAAAUGAUAAUUAAGUAAGAGUAUGCAUUGUGCUGAUUAGAUGUAUUAUACUGAAACUGAGAAAUCGCUAAAGGAUAUCUAUCUGAUGUACACCGCAACAGCCAAAACGAACCCAUCAGCCAUUUGUGUAUGUUGCCAAAGGGAAUCAAAUGAAGUCUUUUGUAAUGAAGAAUGUUCCUCGCAGUCAGCGAAGGAUAGCAUAGAUUUAUUUCAGAUUUUAUUUUGAUAGAUUCUGUGUGAAUGGGGGCUGCAAAUUUUGGUAAAACACAAGCACAUCAUUAGCAUAUGAGCUCAUCAGCAAAAAGAGAAGAAGACAGAUUAAAGCUCCCCUUCUGAUGCGACACAUUAACCAAAAAUGUCCUUCAGUCUAAACAACAGAUGACACAGCUUUGCAACAAAAUUCAGAAGCCAUGGCGAACAAUAGCGACGACGCUGGCGGUCGAAGUCAGAGUCAGAGAUUUGAACCGUUGAACAAAAGAGUUUGUUUCCUACACUGAUGAGGGAGGUGGAGGGAGGCCGGGCUCUGUUUUGAUAUUCAUAGACUGAGGUUUUGGUAUUCAGGAAGGGAGUUGUGUAUUUGGUCUUAGCACUACUGAGUAGCAACAAGUAUAUCAUCAUAAUGUACUGCUAAAUCUUCUCUCCUCCGGGUGUCCAAACUGAGAGUUUGUACUAGUGCAAGUAUGCACCUUGGAGAUAUAAGUAGUGUUAACCUGCUACAUAUCUAUAGCAAUGUUAGAAAAAAUAUUUUUUUUUAUUAUUAUUGUUACUGCUUUAUUCUCAAGUGGGUUUUCCUAGAACUUCAAUUGGUUUAAGUAGGAAAAUUGUCUCUUCUUUGACUGUCACAAUAAGAUUGGGCAAGGGCUAAAAAAAACAAAAAAAGCUUUUAUAUAAUUAAAAUACCACAAUAUUUGUUAUUUGCUCAUUUCUACCCUUUGCUACUUUUCUAUGUUAUAUAAAAAACUGUACAUGAGAAUAAAUUGAAGCAAGGUAAUACAUCCUUCAGCUCCUUCUCCCCUUUCACUCAUCAUUACCUGAGUGAAGCCCACACUCAAUCAAUACACGCCAUGAUUAUGAUUGAUAUGUGCCUCGGCUCGGUCUAAACAGCCAACAACAACAACAACUCAGAAAUAUGAGCGUUGUGGGUUUUCUCUUCUGAGUGGUUCUGCAGCAGGCAUGGCAGGUCUGCUUCCUUCCUCGCUCUAAUUUCAGACAUCAAUCAGCGAAGGAAGCAUUUUGCCUGAGAGAGGAGUUUUGCGUCGCAGAAUCACGGCGAUUACCGCAGAAAUGAUGCCGGGCAGACGGAUAAUGGAAGCCUUUUACAUUGUUUGCCACCGCUUGUAAAAUGAUAUGGAGCUUGUUGAUGCCUUAAUAAACAACCAAACCUCUCGAAAUAAAAUUAGAAAAAACUC